UCAGUCAGUCACUACUGAUGUCAUUGUCAAGUACUUCACCAUUUGCUCCUAGCAGAUUAUCUAUACUGUGCUGUUUCAAGUCGUGUCCUUCGUAAAUAUUACAUAAGUUAGAAUACAUUUUAGAAAUUCAGAAUGGCCGGAGACUCAGUCGAUGGAUCCCAGCUUAAAGGCUUGUCCAAAUACUUCAACAGCCAAACCAAUGCUGGCAGAGCAAACACUGCUAAGGCCACAUAUGCGUUCUUUGGUGCAUUGAUAUUAUACUUCACUCUGAAACCUUCCAAGAAGUAAAUGGUGUCUUGUUUUAUGAACUUUCUGUUGUUUUUACUUUUAGCCUUAUGAUAUUAGUUUCAUUAAGGGCAGUGUAUAUUUAGUAAAUAUUAAAAUCAUGUGAACAUUAUAA